CAAAUAUUUUGUUGGGCAGAGUGAUUGAGCUCCCAAUUUUGGUGAAAAUUCUCAUGUAAAUCGCGAUCAAAUUAUGGAAUUAGCUGCCGAUGGUGUGAGUGUAGAGUGUCUGCUGUGAAAAUAAGUUGUUGAUAGUGCGAAUUUACUGCAGCAGUCGGCUGAAAAGAUGACUGAAAGUGUGAAGGAGAUCGUGAGGGAGAAGUUUCGUCAGGAGGAGCGCGUUGUUUCUAUUUUUGAGGCUUAUCAAUUGAUUGGCUAUGAGCAGCAGAAUCGCCUCCUGGCACUGGUCAGAUGCCACAAUUCCUACGCCGUCUUCUCCUUCGCCCUCUCCAUGUGUCCGCCCACAACUUUUGUCGAUCUCACCGUGGAGAAUUUCUUCCCCAUUGACCAGGACUUCCGGAUUGACGCUCCUUCGGGCGGCAUCUCGAAGCUCCAGUUCAGGAUCAGCACGAAGAGCGGACAGAACGUUUUCUACUACUAUCCUUGCCAGACGUACAUCCUCUACAAGUACGACUACUUCCAGAAUGAUAUUCUGGCUGCCAAGUAUGCAUUUAACGAACAUCCAGAGGCCAUGGAUUUCGCCUGGCUGGACUCUUAUCGGCGCGAGGAUCUGUCGGCAAUAGAUAGGAGCAUUGCAGACGGCCGGGCGACGCUGAAGAAGCGCGAAUCGAAGUUCAGGGAAGAGCUGGAGAAGCGCGAGCACGAAUUCAUUGUAUACGAACCGCAUCGCUUCUACAUCGCGACGUGGAAUGUGAAUGGUCAGCCGCCGAAUGAUAUUUCCCUGCACGAGUGGCUGGCCACCACGAAAGAUCCGCCAGAUCUCUAUGCCAUCGCCUUCCAGGAGCUCGAUCUGUCGCCCAAGGCGUACACAUUCAGCGAGAACCGGCCGGACUUCGUGUGGGUGUCACGAGUGAUGGAUGCAGUGCAUCCGGGGGCGGAGUAUGAAGAGCUGGUGUCGGUGCGCCUCGUGGGAAUGAUGCUGAUCAUUGUGAUUCGGCGAGACUUGCGGAGAUUUGUCAAGUCGUACACAACGUGCUCGGUGGGAACGGGCACGCUUAACAUGAUGGGCAACAAGGGAGGUGUUGGCGUGAGUGUGGAGUUUUGUGAGAACUUCAUUUGCUUCGUGAAUGCCCAUCUGGCUGCUCAUGUGCACGAGGUGAUCCGGCGGAAGGAGGAUCACGAUGAGAUUCUGCGCAGAAUGCAAUUUGAGCAUGGCAUCACGAAGCGCAGCAUAGAAGAGCACGAUCACAUCUUUUGGUUCGGUGAUCUCAAUUAUCGCAUCAUUGAGCAGGAGUACAAUAAGUUUGUGGAUCCUGUGGCAGCGCCUGGAGUGUCCCGAUAUGCCAAUCAGGAGUUUAUUUACGCCGAGUUGGAGCCUUUCGAUCAGCUGCACGUGGAGAUGAAGAGAAAGAGUGUCUUUAUGAACUUCGUCGAGGGUCCAAUUAUGUUUCAGCCAACGUACAAGUACGAUCCGGGGACGAAUAACUGGGACAGCAGUGAGAAAGCCAGGAUGCCGGCGUGGUGUGACAGGAUCCUCUGGAGGAGUGAUAAGACGCAUCAAAUCGUCUAUGACAGUAUAAUGGCCUUGCAACUUAGUGAUCACAAGCCUGUUUAUGCGCUCUUCCUCACGCAUGUUAAGACCAGAGAUGAGGAGAAGUACAAGAAAGUCCAUGAGGAAGUGCUGAAGACGGUGGACAAGUAUGAAAAUGACAACCAGCCUCAGAUCACUGUGGCGGAGACGGACAUCGAUUUCGGCGUCAUUCAGUUCAACUCGGUGAUCCAGAGGGAGAUUCUGGUCGCCAACAAUUGCCAUCUGCCUGUUGUGUUUGAGUUCACGGGCAAGGAGGGCAAGGAUAGUGCAAUAUGCGAGAGUUGGCUGGAUAUUCAACCAAGUCGAGGACGUCUCUUCACUGGCAACUCCAUCAGCAUUAAAUUGGAACUCCAUGCGGACUCCAAAUCGGCCUGGAAGCUGCACAGGAAGCAGCGUGAGUCUGGACAGAAAGUGCCUCUUGACAUUCUAGUGCUGCAUGUGGAAAAUGGACGAGAUAUCUUCAUCACCAUAAUCGGUGAAUAUCGCCAGAGUUGCAUUGGAUUCAAUCUGGAGACGCUGUGUCAGAUCCAAAGACCCGUGACGAAGAUGAACCUCAAGGAGAUUCUCGAGCUGGAGCGAGAGAUUGAAAACAGUGCGCCGACGAGGAAUGACAACUCAGCCAAAGCAGAUCCGGCAGAGAUUCCACGCGAAUUGUGGUUUCUUGUUGACUAUCUCUUCAAUCAUGGCAUGCAGACGAUGAAUUUAUUCAAUUUGGAAAGGAAGUUCAGACGAUCAGCGAAUAUCAAUGAGAUUCGCGAUUGGCUGAACUCGUGGUCCGUCGAUGUCUUUCCUGGGAAUCCGUACACGGCUGCAGAGACUCUGCUGUUCCUCCUGGAAGGCACUCCAGUGCCUCUCGUGCAUCCCUAUGAAGAUCUCGUGUGUACGGUGGACAGUUAUGAGAAGUGCAGAGACAUUAUAACAUUCCUCACGCCACAGAGGAAGAUAAUCUUCAUCUAUGUGUGCCUCUUCCUCAGGGAAGUGCUGGACAAUGUGACGUGGAAUCGCGUGGACAACCACAGACUAGCUCGAAUAUUUGCUCCAGUUCUCCUCAAGUCUCGAACACUGUCGCCGAAGGUGGAUCGUCGUGUGGAGGAUGAAAGGGAUGACAAGAGGGUGAAAUUCCUCUUGAGAUUGCUGGACAACAAAGAUUUCCUGCGAGAAUUUGCCAUAACGGACCUCAAGGUGGUCAAUAGAUCAAUGCCACUGCUUGACUUAUCGUGA